AUGAUGCACAGAGAAUCUUGCGCUUGUGGUACCAGCAGUUUAGAACUGUUUAAAGUGCCCCCGACCAACGUCACUUUAGAAGAUUCGAAAUGGAUGGAAUAUUACCCCAUUUCCAGUACCCUCAACUCGGAUACGGCUCCGAUUGAAUUUGAAAUCAAAGGACAAGGAGAUGAAUAUCUGGAUUUAUCCCAAACUUAUCUCCAGAUGGUCUGUAAAUUCACGAAAGCCAAUGGAACGAAUCUCGCAGGAGGCCAUUCGACCUCCACCCCCGUGAAUAACAUUCUCCAUUCCUUGUUCAGUGAAAUCGAUGUCAGUCUCAAUGGAAAAGUCAUUACCCCGGGGACGGAUACUUAUCCCUACAAAGCGUAUCUGGAGAAAUUGUUGUCUUAUGCACCCAAGACUCUGGAAACCCAGAUGAGAGCCUGUAGCUUGUGGGAAAAAGAUACGGCAGGACAUAUGGAUGAGGUCAAAUUAGAAGCUCUGGCUCAAACUCCUGUGGAAUUUCCAGUACUGAAUAACAAAAUCAGCAUCGCGGCCGUCAUCCCGACUCCCGAGUAUCCGGAUGAUUCCAAGAAUGUAGGGUUGAGAAAACGUCACGAGAAGAUUACAGACAGUAAGGAGAUCGUGUUGAUGGAUCGAUUACAUCUGGAUUUGUUUGAGCAAGAGAAAUGUCUCCCUAAUGGUUUGGAUGUCCGUCUCAGAUUCAAUCGCGCUCGACCCCAGUUCUACAUGAUGACCGCUGCCGGGAGUAGUGGGAAAGUGGUCAUUCAAAGUAUGAUCUUGUGGGUGAGGAAAGUCAAACCUGUGCCGAGUAUCAUUAAUCUCAUCAAUCAGCAACUGAGUACUCAAACGGCGAAAUAUCCAUUGAGACGAGUGGAAGUGAAAACCUUCACCAUUCCUAGUGGCACCCAAUCUAAAAUCACCGAUCAUCUGUUUCAAGGACAGAUGCCUAAACUGAUCGUGUUGGGUCAGGACUGGGCUCCGGACAUUACCCUAGAAGAGUAUAAAAACGGUUACACCCUCUGGUGUGUGGAUUUCACGAAAGAUCAAGAAGCCCAGACGGAUAAAUUUCAUCUCAUACAGACGGGGAACUUGAGAGUGGAAGUGCAAUUUGCCGCCAACGUAGCCAGGACCUUAAACUGUGUGGUGUAUGCCGUGUUCGACAAUCUGCUAGAAAUCAACAAACAACGAGAAGUCAGCAUCGAUUACUAA